UUUUAAUCUCCUUUUCCAGUGUUCUUCAUUGUUUUUCCUUUCUGGGUUUUUGUUAUUUCCCUUCAAUUCGUUGGUUUCGGAUGAAUUCCCAUGUGUUGUGUUUGGAAAUUUAUGCAUAGCACGUUGAAUUGUGGGUAAACUUUGGCCUCUUCAACAGGGUUUUUGUUGGUUUUUCGUUUCAUUUCAUCUAUGAUGAUAUUUUUUCUUCAUGUUUUUGAUGUUGAUUCAUUGUAAUUGCCAUAGUUUCCUGUUCUUUUGUUUGUCUAUUUGCUUCAUGAUUGUCUAUGUUUAUCUUGUGGAUAUCUAGCUCUGUUAUCUGUUUGACGAUUGAAAUUUAUUGUUUCAGUAGUUAGGAGUUUUUCUUUGUGUUGAGAUAUUCUACCAAAAAGAUAGGUGAAGAUGUCAAGCUUUGUGGGUGUUCUUGUUUCUGAUCCAUGGCUUCAAAGUCAAUUCACUCAAGUCGAGCUUCGAACGCUCAAAUCCAGAUUUCUUUCCGUGAGGAGUCAAUCGGGUCGUGUAACGGUGGAGGAUUUGCCUCCUGUUUUUGUGAAAUUGGAAGCUUUUAGUGGAAUGUUCACUGAGGAUGAGAUUAAAGAUUUCUUGAAGGAAACGAGUCGAGAUGUCGGUGAAGAAAUAGAUUUCGAGUCGUAUCUUCGGGCAUACUUAGAUUUACAAGCCCGAGCCACAGCUAAAUCAGGCGGAGCAAAAAGUUCUUCUUCGUUCUUGAAGACCGCCACAACAACGUUUCAUCACGCAAUUAACGAAUCUGAGAAGGCAUCUUAUGUUGCACACAUAAACAGUUAUCUAGCUGAAGAUCCAUUUCUGAAGAAUUAUCUCCCACUUGAUCCCGCUACGAAUGAUUUGUUUGACCUUGCGAAAGACGGUGUUCUUCUCUGUAAGCUUAUCAAUGUAGCUGUUCCAGGGACCAUAGAUGAACGAGCUAUCAAUACGAAAAAGGUCCUUAAUCCUUGGGAGAGGAACGAAAACCAUACCCUUGGCCUUAACUCUGCAAAGGCUAUUGGAUGCACAGUGGUUAACAUUGGCACACAAGAUUUGGUCGAAGCUCGACCACAUCUGCUGCUUGGAUUGAUAUCACAAAUAGUUAAGAUUCAACUGUUGGCUGAUCUUAAUCUGAAGAAAACUCCUCAACUUGUGGAACUUGUGGCUGAUAGCAAGGAAGUGGAAGAACUCAUUGGGUUGGCACCAGACAAAGUUUUACUCAAAUGGAUGAACUUCCAUUUAAAGAAAGCUGGCUAUGAGAAACAAGUCACGAACUUUUCGUCAGACGUGAAGGAUGGGGAGGCAUAUGCUUAUCUGCUUAAUGCUCUUGCACCGGAGUUCUCUGGUUCCUCUACUAUGAAUGUUAAAGAUCCUACUGAAAGAGCUAAUUUGGUUCUUGAGCAUGCAGAAAAAUUGGAUUGUAAAAGAUAUCUAACUCCCAAGGACAUUGUUGAGGGUUCACCUAAUCUUAAUCUUGCAUUUGUUGCCCAAAUUUUUCAGCACAGGAAUGGGUUGACUGCGGAUACCUCGAAAAUGUCAUUUGCAGAAAUGAUGACGGAUGAUGCGCAAACAUCUCGGGAAGAGCGAUGCUUCCGUUUGUGGAUUAACAGUCUAGGCAUAGCCACAUAUGUCAACAAUGUCUUUGAGGACGUCCGAACUGGAUGGGUUCUUUUGGAAGUUCUUGACAAAGUUUGUCCUGGAUCAGUAAUCUGGAAACAGGCAACAAAGCCUCCUAUCAAGAUGCCGUUUAGAAAAGUUGAGAAUUGCAACCAAGUUGUAAAACUUGGGAAGGACUUAAAAUUUUCUCUUGUAAACGUUGCUGGGAAUGAUAUUGUGCAGGGCAACAAGAAGCUUAUACUAGCAUUUUUAUGGCAACUGAUGAGGUUUACAAUGCUUCAACUGUUGAGAAACCUGAGAUCACAUUCUCAAGGCAAAGAGGGAAAGGAGAUCACGGAUGCUGAUAUUCUGAACUGGGCUAACAACAAAGUGAAGAAAGCUGGAAGAACCCACCAAAUGGAGAGCUUCAAGGACAAGAAUCUUUCAAAUGGCAUGUUCUUCCUGGAGCUUCUUAGCUCUGUGGAGCCAAGGGUGGUGAAUUGGGCUGUUGUUACAAAAGGAGAAACUGAGGAAGACAAGAAGCUGAAUGCGACGUACAUUAUUAGUGUUGCUCGAAAGCUUGGCUGCUCCCUUUUCUUGCUACCUGAAGACAUUAUUGAAGUGAACCAAAAGAUGAUACUCAUACUAACUGCUAGCAUCAUGUACUGGAGCCUGCUGCAACAAGCAGGGGAGUCCGAGCCGUUAAUCAUGAACGACGAUAACGUUUCAGAUACGAACACAGAAACUACCGACGGGACCGAAUUGUCCUCUGCUAACAAGGCCUGUGCUUUGGCCCAAAAUGAGGACGAGUCUCCAGAAGAAUCCUUAGCAAAUCAAAGCGCAAAUUCGUAAUAGAGACCAACCCAAAAGAGCAAGGCAGCAUUCUUUUUUUCCUUUUGAUUAAAUUUAUUUAUUGGGAGAAUAUAUAAUACAGGAAAAAAAAUGGUUACAGUUUAGCUUAUUCUACUGUUUGGUAAUGGUUUACCUGUGGAGGAAAUAGACUAUAUUCAUUUUCUGGGAAUUUUGAACUAGAAAAUCUUGUUAAUUAGGGCUGUAUUUUCUUUUCAACAAUUAUAAUAAAUAUCAUACAAUAAUAAGGAUCA